AUGGCCUCGCAAUCGGCGACAGACGCCCACACACAAGCAGUGGCAGCGUUGAAAGCGCAAGAAGCUGCGCUGCGAUACGACCAUGCCGCCCUAUCCAAUAUGUCCUCGGACGAAGAACGCGCCAAUACCAUCUUCACCCGUCUUCGAGACGCCGAAGUAACAUCACAAUGGGCCAAAGACGGAGACUUGACCAAUUUUGCAGGGAUGGACUUCUACGGCGCUCGCAAAAACGGGCUGGGUUCGCCAUCAGAGGUGUGGAAUGCGGUGCGAAGGAUGCCAAAGGGUGCACUCCUGCACUGUCACUUUGAUGGAACGGUCGACACGAAAUUCCUGCUGGAGCAUGCAAAGAAGACCAAGAAAAUGGCGAUGAAGGCUGAUGUGCGGCUGUCGACAGCAGAUGCGUUGUGGAAGGCGACGGUGGAGUUCUUGGUCCUGCCGGAAGGUGCCGAGAGGUCGACGAAGAGCAUCUAUACGGAAGAGUAUGUGCCGGGAGAAUGGGUCAGCUUCGAAGAGGCGAGAGAAUCGUUCCCGUAUCCUCACCCAUAUGAGAUGGACGGGACGGAUGCGGAGCAUCACAUGCCCAACUUUGUCUCGACCUCCGCGCCGAACGGUCGGUUGAACGGCGACAAAGCUCCCAGCAAUGUGGCACAAGACAAGGGCCAAGCAUUUGACGCAUACGCACAUGCACUCAUGACCUUGACACCGCACCAAGCCCUUCCCGCCAUCACCAACAGCAAGCAAGCUUGGGCCAAAUUUCAAUCCACUUUCGGCGUCAUCGCCGGCCUCAUCGGCUACGAACCUACGCUCAAAGCCUACACCAAGGAGCUCCUGCGCUCGCACGCACGAGAUGGCAUCUCGUAUACCGAGACGCGCAUCAACUUCCUCACCGACUUUAUGGUCCGCGCCGACGGCACGCCCAACCUCGACCACUCGGAAUGGGUUCGCAUCUUCAUCGAAGCCGUCAACGAGGUCAAAGCCGAUUUCACCGAUGGCAGCUUUGUCGAUGCCAAGAUCAUCUACACCACGGUGCGAUUCAUCGACAAUGAAAAGCUUCGAUGGUACCUCGAAGACUGCAUCAUGCUCAAGAAGCUGUACCCGGAGUGGAUCGUCGGCUUCGAUCUGGUAGGGCACGAGGAUCCGCUGCUGCCGUUGAAGGUGUACAUUCCGGAGCUGCUUCGUUUCCAACAGCGGUGCAAGGAGGAAGGGCUCUCGAUUCCGUUCGUAUUCCAUGCAGGCGAGACGCUGGAAGACGGUGCGGAUGCAGACCUCAACCUGUACGAUGCCAUUCUGCUGGACACGAAACGCAUCGGUCACGGUGUAUCGCUCGCCCGCCAUCCACUCCUGACAGACAUGGUGAAGGAGAAGGACAUCUGCAUCGAAAUCUGCCCGAUCUCGAAUCAAAUCUUGGGCUACACCGCCAGCAUCUGCUCCCACCCGAGCUUGCUCGCGCUGCUCAACAGAAAUGUCCCCGUGGCGCUGUCGUCGGACGAUCCGAGCAUCUUUGAAAACUUUGGCCUGUCGUACGACUUUUACCAGCUGAUCAUCAGUUCUCAAUCGACGUCGCUGAUGUCGCUAGCGACGCUGGCACGGAGAUCGAUCAGGUAUACGUUGGUAGAUGACAAGACGAAGGAGAUCAUGUUCGCUGACUGGGAUAGAAGGUGGAAUGAGUUCAUCGCUUGGUUCCUAAAGGAAUACGGACAUGUGCUCAAGCAGUGA